AUGAUGGAAAACUGUCCUUUGAUGAAUUCCAAGCUUACUUUGCUGAUGGAGUUCUGAGUGGAGAAGAACUGAGUGAACUUUUUCACACCAUUGAUACACACAAUACUGACAAUCUUGACACAGAAGAGCUCUGCGAUUAUUUUUCCAAGCACUUAGGAGAAUAUGAGAAUGUUCUAUCUGUCUUGGAAGACUUAAACAUAACCAUACUGAAGGCAAUGGACAAAACAAAGAAAGACUAUCAGGAAGCUUCUAAUUUGGAGCAGUUUGUGACUCGCUUUCUUUUGAAGGAGACACUGAACCAGCUUCAGUCCCUCCAGAGCUCUCUGGAGUGUGCCAUGGAAACCACGGAGGAGCAAACUCGGCAGGAGAGAAAAGAUCCAACAAACCCAGAAGUGCUCUCAAUUCAAUGGCCAGGAAAACGCUCAGCUCGAAGGCUUCAGAGGAACAGCAGCCUGUCAACAAAUAGCCCUCAUUCUAGCACAGGUUGGAUUGAGGAAGACAGCCAGUGGGUGACCCAGAUAAACAGACUCCAAAAGCUGAUUGACAGGCUGGAAAAGAAGGACCUAAAGUUUGAGCCAUUUGAAGAGGAAGUCCUGGAAGAAAAUGCAAGAUCUCACAUAAUGAUUGUUCAACAUCAAAUGUCCGUGAUAGAAGAAAAAAUUGAGGAAUUCCGUCUUGCUCUGAAGCAGUACGUGGAAUCUGCUUCUACUCAGGGUGGCUGCUUGCAUGUGGCCAUACAGAAGCUUCCGAGUAAUUUCCGCUUCAUUGUUUAUGAGUUCUGGGAGAAUGGCAGUGCCUGGAAUAGCCACCUUGAAAUGAAUUAUAGCAAGACGUUCCAAAGAAGUAGCGUGGAUUUCUUGGAAACUCCAGAGCUCCUCACAACCAUGUUAGUCCCUGCAUCGUGGUGGGUCCUCAAUAACAACUAA